GUUCGUGUGACUGAGUCAAUUGAUUUGCCAAGAUGCCUGUAUCACUAAGUGAGUGGAGGGUCCGAAUCGGAACAUUUGUUCAUUGGAUUAGGGAGUAUGAGGUUAAGGAGAGGAGAGAACGAUUGCUUAAAGAAAGGAUUCGAAGACUGAAGGUUCUUUGCGAGAGACUUGAAGCGAAAAUAGGUGAUUCUGGAGAGGGGUCUGAAGAUAACAAAAGCAGAAAAGAUGGCCCUGAUUCCAAGGGAUGUCCUCAUAAAACUGUGAACAUUCGGUCAUCAGGAAACUCAUCAGAUAUCAAGGAUUUACUAACUUCAUGUGAUCAGUGCAUACAGGAAUUAUUAACGGCAAGUGAUUCUCAUAUCAGGGAGAUACUCACCCCUUCAAAUACAUGUGUUAAACAAUUGCUGACACCAAGAAGAGAAAGAUUGCAAAGGAUUCAGAGACUGAAGGUUCUUUGCGAGAGACUUGAAGCAAAAAUGGGUGAUUGUGGAGAGGAGUCCGAAGAUGACAAAAGCAGAAAAGAUGGCCUUGAUCACAAGGGAUGUCCUCAUAAAACUUCAAACAUUCGGUCGUCGGGAAACUCAUCAGAUAUCAAGGUUUUACUAACUUCAUGUGAUCAGUGCAUACAAGAAUUAUUAACGGCAAGUGAUUCUCAUAUCAAGGAUAUACUCACUCCUUCCGGUUGUAGCAUCAAAGGACUCAUUACCUCAAAUGACUAUAGCAUCAAAAGUCCAAACAGGUUGAAUGAUUCGACUAUGAAAGAUGUAAUCACACCAAACGAUUCCGGUAUCAAAGAGCUAGUUACGACAAAUGAUUUCAGAAUUAAUAAUCUGGUCAAGGCAAAUGACGAUUCUAGAAUUCAAGAUCUAGUUAAGGCAAACGAUGAUUCAAGAAUCCAAGAUCUACUCACGACAAAUGAUUAUAGUACAUGUAUCAGGGAUCCAAUUACACCAACAUAUUGCAGUAUAAAAGAUAUAAUCGUAUCGAAUAAUGCAGGCACUAAACCACUUGAUACCCUAAAUGAUUCUGGCACCACAGAGUUAACUUCGUUAAAUGUUUCCAGUAUCAAAGAUCUCAUUACACCAAAUGAUUCUAGCAUCAUAGAUCUAUUCACAUCAGAAUAUUCUAAUGUCAGGGAUCUAAUCACAUCAAAUGAUUCAAAAAUCAAUAAUCUACUAAGUCCAAAUGAGACCAACAUUAAACAGCUAAUAAAGCCAGACGAUGACUACAUUGAAGAGGAGCUUGCACAAGCUUGUGAUUAUGUCAAAACAGUACGUACGUCAGAUGGUGAAAGCAUAGAGCUCGUUACACAAGUUGGUGAUUCGGAAGAACAGCAUGUGUCUGAUUUUUCAAUUUCACCGCGUCAUAGUCUGUCAGACGCUGCCUUGAGGGAACUACUCACAUCCUCCUAUUCGUCCACAAAAGACCUUCAGACUCCAACUGAUGAUUUGAAUGCUGAUCUCAUCAUACAGACUCCGUACAUCAAAGACCAUGAAACCCCAUCAGAUGCCUAUGUGAAGGAGCUAUCCCUACCUGGUUCAGGAACAACAGUAUGCCAACCAUUUGCACCAUGUGAUGAUUUCAUGGUGGAGCUCCUAAAACCAACUGUGUCUGCAAGUAUAGAUCUUCCUCCAAUUGACCUUUGUUGGCAUGAACCUGACAGACGAAAUGAGCCCUUUUCUGAAGAGAGUGGCAAACUACCUCAUUUCGUGGGCAAAGAGCAGCAUCCUCAACCGGAUACUAUCACCAAGGAAGCAACUGGUGAUGAACUCCUCAAGGAGCAUCAGACAUCACCGGGGAGCUUCAAGAAGUCACAGACUGAACCCAGUAUUCGCACGGCAGUCAGAUGCAGUCCGGUGGUUCCAAUCGUCUCAAGAAAAUACUGCGUCAGUGACAGAUAUGGAGAGAUGGGAGAAUCCGCAUCAUCUUAUCAUGGACCGUCCUUGACGUCAAAGACAGAUUUGAUCUCUGGACAGAUCCCUCCUCUCUCCGAACUGCUCCUCUUGAAAUCUGGUGAUGUAGAGCUCAACCCAGGCCCUCGUGAAACGGCUGAGUGGAGCUUGGAGUUAGAAGGAGAGUUGCUGUCAUUGGUAGAAGAAGUUCCUUCGAAACAAUACACCCGCUUGUGCAAUGCUCUAGGUGUCGGGUAUGCACGAAGUAAAGCGAUUUUAUCGGAAAAUCUCUUAAAUGUUUCCGGUUCACUGUUUGACGUCAUCUGCAACUGGGGCGUAAAGCAGAGCGAUGGCAGUAAUUACAAGAGACUUCUAGCUGAAAAACUCAGGAGUGUUCAUUUAGAUGUAUUGGGAACAAAACUAGUAGAAGGUGGAUACUCGACACAAGACAUCCCAACUCAGUGGGCACAGGAUACACCCCAGCCAGUCGUAGACAUGUCAGAAGAUGAGGUUAUCCAAUGUGGCGAAGACUUGAAGAAUUUCUAUUGCGAACACAUGUGCAAAAUCAAAACGGAACCGUUUAAUUUCCAAUCUAUCAGGGAAUUUGAACAAAUCUACACCAAUUUAGUACUGCAAAGGAGAGGUAUGACUAAAUCCAAAUUAGACUAUUCUGCUCUCCUUACUAAAACGGUCAAUGGAGUACUUCCUAAACGUCUUCUGAUUGAAGGUGAAGGUGGUGUUGGUAAAACGACCUUCUGUUCUAAGAUCGCAUGGGAUUGGGUCAAUGGAUCUCCAGAGUUUCAGCGCUUCAGUUGGGUUCUUGUUAUACCCCUGCGCAAGGUUGUUAAGGGUCAGACCAUUGGUGAUAUUAUGAAAGACUAUCUCUCUGACAAUAAUAGUGUCAGCCCUAAACAGAUCGAUAAUUAUAUAUUGUCUCAACCUACAAAGGUUCUGAUUGUACUUGAUGGACUAGAUGAGUAUGAUGGGGACCUCUCUGCCAAAGAAAGCUCAGAUAUUUCUCAGAUUCUACGAUUAGAGAAAUUCAAGCAAUGCAUAGUUCUGGUAACAACAAGACCGUGGAGGGCGGAUCAGAUCAAAUCCAAUGAAGGAUUGAGUAGGUCUUAUGAUUUCAUUACAGUAGAAGGAUUUGGUGCUGAAAAUGUCUCUACAUACAUCAGCAAGUAUUUCAUGAAGGAUGAAAAGGCGGGGUCAGAACUGAUUCGGUUUUUUGAAGUGAAUGAAAUGGAAGAGAACUUUGACUGCUUCACAGCCUAUAACCACUAG